AUGGGUCGAUUGCUUGUGGGUUUCCUCGUCUGCGCCUCUGCGUCUGGUCAAUCCAACACCGUGACCAAAGUCUUUCGAUCGGAUGCUCCUCGCAAUAUGUCCAAGGAAAGUGUUGUGCUUCCUGGAAAUAUUCCGGUCGACUCGCGAACGAGCUACUCGUACGAACGCGGCAGCCAAGAAACGACGACCGGGCAACAAAAGACUGGUACUGGGUGGAGUCCGUAUGAAAGCGUCCUCGGGGGAAGCAACGUGGGCGGGCUCCGGGUUGAUGGCGUCGACGAGGGUGCCACCGUUCCAUCGGACAACAUGUUUGGAUUGCAGCCGCCAUCGCCAGUGGGAAAUGUCGGGUUCGGCGGCGUGGGAGGCAAUGCGCUCGGCUCAGUGCCAGGUCUCGGUCUCAUGCAUGCCCCCGGUAGCCUUCGUGGCAUGUGA